UGAAGAAGAGUCCGACGCCGAGGAAACUGAUGAGAGUGACUAUGAGGAGUCUUAUGAGCUCUCUGGCAUAGAUGAUGAUCCGGAUUUGUGGCAGGAGGACCCAAGAGCGACUGUCCCACCUCUUCAAAGGGAACCCGAUGCGAUGGAAAUCCCGUCCAUAUGGUUGAAUGGAUUUAACGUCAAAGCGAAGCAUUACUAUGCGGCUAGUCUUGUGAAGGAGCCUAGGGAUCCACGUGUAAAAGGUGACAAUGGGGUCCUCAUCAUCUUUGUUGAUACAAUCGAGAAAGGACCAACAGGAAGAACCUAUCUCCAUAUUAUCCGUCACUUUAAAUGGCGUUCUUUGUACCCAAGUGCACCGCACAAUGCCCUUUUAAUGGGUGUUGAUAGGGACAAUGAGCCUUAUGAGCGACGUCUUGCCACAAGUCUCACGAUUCUCAAAGAAGACAUAUCAAUAGAAUACGGGAAGUCUCCACCUUCAGACUACUUCUGCUAUUGGGCAUACAGAUAUCACAGGGAACAACACGAAACAUCCUUCAUCCCUCUAACAAAAGUGCUUUCUAAUGUGCCUCAAAUACACGAACCUUUUCCUUGGGAGGGUGGCGAUGAAUUUUGGAUAGCGGAUUUGUUCAGUGGCGUGGGUGGUUCUUCCUGUGGGUUUAAAGCAGCGGGCUUCAAGUCGGCAGUUGCUGUAGAAAAGGAUUACACAAAGGUCCAUCAGGAAUCUGUCGAAGCAUUUCUUGAGCACACGGGCAAACAAUAUUUAAACCGAAUCAGCGUCUUAUUAAUGAGUCCCCCAUGUCAAGGCUUCUCAAGUGCUAACUCAGGGGGCAAAGAUGAUGCUUCUAACUGUCGUCAAGUUGACACUGUGUCAGAAGCACUAAGAGUCAUUCAGCCACGGUAUUUG